AUGGCCGGAGGGAGUACUAAGAAAAAAUUCAAUAAAUCGAAAACUCGAAAACCCACCAAACAAUCUUUGUUCGUGGAGGGUGGCUUAUUAUCCGAUUGGUCUCCUCUCAUCACUUCACCCCCUUCCAGAGGGAAAAGUACCCAUCCGAGCGGUUCUGGGAAUAAAUUGAAUGCAUCUAAGAACAAAUCUGCAGUGAGAUUUGAGAUUGGUAGUACGUCUGGCGGUAAAUCGAAACCUACUAAUUCCACUUCGAGGAUAGUCGAUUCUCGUAAGCCAAAAGCGAAUGCCUUUGCUUACAAAUAUCCUGAGGCAAGUUCAUUUAUAGAUGAAGGUGGUGAUGGACAUAACAAGUUUGAUGAAUCAAAGCCUAUUGUUUUGCUUGAUUCCAAGGAAUCAAAGAUUAUUGCUUACAUGGACAAUACCCCUGUUAGCAAUUCUCAAACUGUCAAAUACACUUAUGAUUAUGGUGCAAGUUUUGAGGUGGAUGAUAGUUCUCAUAGUCAUACAGGGUUAGGGUUUCAUGAUGAACCAGAAGAAAACCCUAGUAUCAUCGAAUCAUCUCCAGUUACUGAAAAACAAGAAUGUUCACGUUUCGAUUCUUCAUCCUCAUGUGAAAUGGAAACUGAUAUGAUGGAUGAUGAUGGGGAUGAUUUGUCAUCAUCUCCAGUGAAAAAUUCAGGAUUUCUAUCAAUUGGUGGCAUGAAAUUGUACACCCAUGAUAUAUCUGAUGAAGAAGAGGAAGAGGAUGAUGAUGAUGAUGAUGAUGGUGAUGGUGAUGAUGAUGAUGAAAGCUUAGAGUCUUCAGAGUCUGAAGACUCUUCUAACUCAUCUGAUAGUGAGGGCGCGUAUAACAGUGAUUCUGAUAUUAAUGAUGAGAUUGCUAAAGAUUACUUUGAAGGGAUUGGUGGGAGUUAUAAAGUUGCAAAUGUUGAUCAAUUGCUGGGCAAUGUUCUUGAUGAUAGCUCGGAUGAUGAUGAUGAUGAUGAUGAUGAUGAUGGUGGUGUUAGUGGUGGGAGGUUUCAUAAAAUGGUAAAGGGUAUAAGUGGGAUUGCACUUCAGGAAGCAUCAAGGGAAUAUGGCAUGAAAAAAUCUCGGUCAAAGAAGAAAAGUCAACCAAAGGCGAAAGAUGAUUGGUCUGCUGUAGAUGACCUUAUGCUUGUAAAGAAUUCGAGAUCUUUAUAUGGAAAAAAGAAGCAUGCAGCAAAGGUUCCACAAUCCUGGCCAUCGAAAGCUGAAAAGAGUAAAAAUUUCCGCAGAUUUUCAGGUGAGAAGAAGAAAAUACGCCAAGAUAAGAUUGCCUCAAAGCGUAGGGAUCGAAUGAUAAAUCGUGGUGUUGAUCUUGAAAAAAUAAAUUCUAAACUAGUGCAGAUGGUGCAGAAUAAGGGUGAUAUAAUGUCACUUCAACUCAUGCACUCUCGUGAUUGUUCCCAGGUUCAAAGGCUAGCUGCAAUUUAUCGUCUACAAAGUAACAGUCAAGGUUCAGGAAAAAGAAGGUUUGUAACAGUGACACGAACACAACACACAUGCAUGCCUUCAUCAUCCGACAAACUUCGUCUAGAAAAGAUGUUGGGAAUCAACAACGAAGAGAAAAACACGCCAGCUAGCAAGACACCUUCAAACAGAACCAAAAACCCAUCAACGGGACCCACCAAAUCCAAAACCCCCGGUGAAUCAAGCAAGAAAAAAAGACGAGAAAAAGACAAAACGGGCUCUUACGCAGCCCAGCCCGUGUCAUUUAUUUCAAGUGGGAACAUGGUAACUGAGCCCGUGGAGCCCACGGUAGUUGACCUUGACCUUGACCUUGACAUUGACCAUGGACCGAAGUCAACUGAGCGGGCCCCAAAUUACGGUGCAUUUGAGAUGCACACAACGGGUUUUGGUUCAAGGAUGAUGGCAAAGAUGGGGUAUGUAGAUGGAGGUGGAUUAGGGAAAGAUGGUAGAGGAAUAUCUGAGCCCAUUGAAGCGAUCCAAAGGCCCAAAUCGCUUGGAUUAGGAGCAAAGAUUCCCGAAAAUACCCCUACCAACAAUAUGUCAGAGGGUAAGCCUAUAUAUACUACCCCUACCCCACCACACAGACUAAACAGAGGUGUGGGCCAGGGGUCGGGUUCGAAGGGUAAAUCGGGGAAUUCAGAGAUUGGGUCUUUUGAGAAGCAUACGAAAGGGUUUGGGUCGAAGAUGAUGGCGAAAAUGGGGUUUGUGGAAGGGAUGGGGCUUGGGAGAGACUCACAGGGUAUAGUGCAGCCGUUGGUUGCGAGUAGGUUGCCUAAAUCGAGAGGUUUAGGAGCCAAAGGGUAGUUUCGUCAUUUGAUGGUUUAAUUGUGUUGAAUAAAUGAUGUGAUUUGGAAACGGGCUCUUGCAUAUAAAUAUGGCUCGAGCGGCCUUGUAAUUCUUAGGCUUGAUGAUUAUGUUAUGUAAAUCGUUUAGUUUAUGACUUUGUAACUUUGUUUAACUUUUUUUUUUUAAACUUAUUAUUUUGACAUUGAUGCUUUAUGUUGGAAUUAGUU